AUGGCGCGCACGAAACAAACUGCUCGCAAGUCGACCGGUGGCAAGGCGCCUCGGAAGCAGCUGGCAACCAAGGCUGCACGCAAGUCGGCACCGUCUGUGGGCGGUGUGAAGAAGCCGCACCGUUACCGCCCCGGUACGGUGGCGCUUCGCGAGAUCCGGCGCUACCAAAAGUCUACGGAGCUGCUUAUCCGGAAGCUUCCUUUCCAGCGCCUGGUGCGAGAGAUAGCGCAGGACUUCAAGACGGACCUGCGCUUCCAGUCGUCUGCGGUGCUGGCGCUGCAGGAGGCUGCCGAGGCCUACCUCGUGAACCUGUUUGAGGAUACGAACCUGUGCGCGAUUCACGCGAAGCGUGUGACGAUUAUGCCGAAGGAUAUCCAGCUGGCACGCCGCAUCCGUGGUGAACGGGCUUAA